AUGGGGCAGGGAUGGGGCAGGGCGGGGGCGCGCGGGGACACGCGCGGCCGCCCCGCCGCAGCUAAUGUAAUCCAGGGGAAGGAAAUUACAUUAACUACGAAAGUGUCCAUCGUCGAAUAUAAAAAUAAGCAUUUAAUGUUCAAUUUUAUCCGAUAUCUUAUAACACUAGUGACAAAUAAAAACGUGCUCGCUAAAACGAUCCUCCAAAUGAUACACUCGACGCGUCAAAGUAAAACACUAAAAGAUUUCGAAUGCGAACAUCAGUCGCAAAACAAAUGGUCUCGCAAGCAAAACGCGCUGAACGCUCGCGUCUCCGCACAGUCGAACGCGCCCGACACUAACUCGAAACUAGCG